CUUGACAUGCAAUGAAUUCUGUCCGCUGUGGACUAGUUUUUUCUGAGUAAUAUUUAAUGACAGAAUUGAACAAACCUUGCAUUGUGUUGCGUGACUAAAUCAAGCAUUCAGGUAGCUUCAUGUGUCUAGGGAAAAUCAAUCAGUUAUUCUCAUCCUAGUUGCGGAACAAGAACCAAAGGCGCAACGAUUUUUAUGAUAAUAAUGGAUUGGAAGACGGGUCUUCUGAUCUUAACGUGCGUAUUCUACGCUGAUAGUUUUUCAAAAUAUGGACGCACGUGCAAAGACAUAGGGUGCCUUAACAGCCAGGUGUGCGUUCUGGCAGAAGAUCCCUGUUCUUUUGGCCACACCCGGGACUGUGGCACUUACCCAACAUGCAAAAAGAAGACUGAAGUUGAAGGAUCACACGCUGAACCGCAGCCGUCGGUGCCUAAACCAGCGAGACCUCAGACACCCUCGAGGGACUCCGACUCGGCUCCUCACUACCCUCCGCCCGCCCCGCCCGCCGGCGGCUCGCCUUAUGGAGGUUCCUCGCCGUACGGCGGCAGCUCGAAUAACGGAGGAAGCAACUAUCCUGGAGGCUCGCCUUACGGAGGUGGUUCUCCAUAUGGAGGCGGUUCUCCCUAUGGAGGCGGUUCUCCAUACGGAAGCAACACAAACGGAGGCGGAUCUCCAUACGGAAGCAACACAAACGGAGGCAGCAGCUACCCAGGAGGCUCACCUUACGGUGGCGGUCCUCCUUAUGGAAGCAAUUCAAACGGAGGAAGUAGUUAUCCGGGAGGCUCACCUUACGGAGGCACCCACGGUGGUAGCUCACCCUACGGAGGGAACUCACCAUAUGGUGGAUCCAACAACAGAGGAGGUAAUUCACCAUAUGGCGGUUCAAGCUCUGGAGGUUCAGGUUUCGGUUCUGGCAGCAAAGGACCCUUGGACAGCAUACUCAAUACGCUUAACAAAUACGCUAACGGAGGCGGCGGCGGAGGCUCCAGCAGCGGCGGCAGCCGCGGCAGCGGCCAGGGCCUGUCCAACAUCUUCGGCACCAUUCUCGGCAAUCUCUCUAAAAACGGAGGCAUAAACAACUUGUUCAACACCAGACCGAUUAUGGAAAAUCCUAACUAUGCCUCUCCCUCAAAUUCUAGGAGUUCUAACUCUAACUAUCCGUCAUCAGGAUACCAACCGGCUCAGAACAGGAACUAUGGGGGGACGCACGCCAAACCCAAUGCGGCCUCUACUGUCAAGCCCGCCACCUAUGGCUGGAAUGUCGGCGUGAUACUGGUUUUGACAUACCUGACACAGCCAUACCUCUACAGUAUGACGCGGGGUUGAAAACUAAUCUAGUUAUUUAUUGUUAUUGUGCUAAUAUGUAUGUAAUUUAUAGAAAUUAAUAUUUGUGUCACUACUGUUAAUAAUAUUUUAACUAGAUCGCCGUUUUAAACUUUUAAACUCAUAUACGCCAAGAAACGCACACGAAAUUAUAAACUAUUUUAUCACUUUUUAUAUUAAAUCUUAAGACGGCUGUUAAUAGUACAUUAUUGUCGAGGCUCGGAAGUAGCUACUUGCAGGCUGAGGAUUCGUUUUAAACGGACGACCUUGGGAGUCCGUUUAAUUGAAUCCGAAGCUAGCAAGUAGCCUUCCAGCCGAGUCAUAUAUAGUGCUUUUCUCAAAAAUGGUGCAAGAAAUAUAAAUAUCAUAGAAAUAUUUUACAAAAGCAACGUUCUUACAUAUAUAUUUUGACAGAAAAAAGCCCUUGCCGCCUUUUUAUUUUUUUUAAUAAAAAAAUAGAAGUGUAUUUUUCUGUCAAAAAUACGCCAACCUAUUUGAGACAUCUAAAUAGUCGCGGUACUAAUCAUCUGUUUGGCUGUUUAAUGGGCCUGUGCCUUCAUUUGAUAUGGUCAUUUCAACUUUUAAAAAGUUUGGAACUCGACAAAUAAUGGAAUUUGUAUGCAACAUUGCAGUCCCAAAAUCGAGACUGCAAUGUUUUUAACUUUUUAAUUUUUGACUGACCAUAAACUACGCGCUUCGCGACCUAUUUUUUAGACGGCAAAGUCGACUUUGCCGUCCAUUUUUGAGAAAAAGUAGUUUAAUGUAAGUGCUAAUACUGUUUUGUUUUUUACCGUAUUUGUGAUUCAAAAUAUAUUGUCAUUAAGUGCCUUAUGUGUAUGCGUGUCACUUAAAUGUAAAAUGUGAUAGAUAAGAUAAUCAAUAACCACUUGCACCAUCCCACUAACCCGGGGUUAACUGGUUAAACCUGGAGUUACCAUGGUUACCAGUAGAAUUUAACCGGUUAACCCCGAAUUAGUGAGAUGGUGCAAGUGGCGCUAAGAGACCUAAACUAGUAGUAAGCAUUUAAGAGGUUUCCCUCAACAUAGAAGCAUUAUUAUUUUAUUUUCCAAUUUUUGAUGCAGUCAGGUUUUAACUUGCCUGCUUAUGCAACUUCUGGUGCAAGACUUCCAUUUUAUAGUACCUGUGAAAAUUUUAUUUAAGAAAUAAAUAUUUAAAUAAAAAAUA